AUGCUGUUCCUCGCGCUUCUUGGCGUUAUCAACACCAACCCCGUCGCGGCCCUUUCGGCCACGUCCGACCCAUACACAGGAGGCGACACAUCGGGCUGUGGAAAGAUACACACUGCUCAAGUCAUCGGCCUUCCCAUCUAUCGCGGAAUACAGUCCAGUGGCGUGCAUCGCAGCUACAGUGUGCAUCUCCCUUACAGCUAUGAUAAAAACCAUGAAUAUCCUACGAUUCUGGGUUUCCACGGCUCGAGCAGCAUCGGGCUGUUCUUUCAGGCCGAUACCAAGCUCGACGAGGCUCGAUUUACCCGCGACAAGGUCAUGGUCUAUCCCAACGGACUAGGCGGUGCUUGGGCCGGAGCCAACUACUCCAAGGCCACUGUCGGCCAAGACUUGCAAUUCGUGUGGGAUCUUCUUGCCGACUUGCGUCAGAACUUUUGCAUCGACAGCGCUCGCAUCUACGCGACAGGCUUGUCCAUCGGCGGCGGCUUCGUGGAUACCAUUGCCUGCAACAGCACCGUUGGAGGCGAGUUUGCUGCCAUGGCCCCGGCCUCCGGAUCCUUUUAUACCAAUAACGAUGCAAACCAUCACCUCUGCGAGCCCGCACGCGUGCCAAUGCCGAUUUUAGAGUUCCACGGAGGAGCUGACGUGGAUGUCAAGUAUGGUGGCGGGCAAGGUGAAGGUGGCAUUGAGCCUGCAAUCCCGCAUUGGUACGCGCAUUAA